CCCUGUUGAAUGGUCAAGGGACACUUAAGUGGAUCCCACUGAUUUACUUAGAACAGAAUCAGCUGCUAAAGGGCAAGGAGAGGCUUAAACAAAUCCCACUGAGUUACUGCUGUAGUUUGAACUACCAUGUGGAUGCUGCACGUUUUGGUAUAAGUUGUUGUAAAUUAAGAGCCAUUGGAGUUUGCUGGUCGGUUGAAUGUUAUAUAUUUUCUUUUGGAGGCUCAUGGCAUGAGAGAGCUGCCACUAUUAAUGUGGGGGAAGAAAUGGAUAGCUCUGCUGAAGAGCUGGAUGACGAGGGAGGGCAUUUGUCCCCAGAAGAAGACAGAGAGGGUGCCUCUGCUGGGGGCACCUCAAUCCCAGGAAUGUAUUUACCUUUGCUUCCAGAGUAUUUCCACCAUCCAAUUAGAACUGGAUCAAAUUUAUCAGAAUUUCAGAAGGUGAAAGAUGCUUGCUUACGCAGCAUACAAGAUGCCCUCCUGCAGUCUCAGUGGCAGAGGGCUGCUGAGUUAAUGAUCAGCUAUCUAGAGGUGCUGGAAAACACCACCAAGGAUAGACUGCGAGCUGCUCCUGAGGAGGUCUGGAGAAUAGGAACUGAAAUUUUGCAGCAGCAUCCACGGACUAAUAUAGAUGAGAUCAAUUACUUUGCGGAUCGGAUGAAAAAUAUGGGAGUAAAAACUUAUUUAAAGUUUUCUUUAGAGCAUGCCUUCCAUCUCUUGGGCAAUGGGUUUCUGGAUGAGGCCUAUCAGAACUUGGUCCUAGCAGAAAGCUGGCGGUAUGGAGAACUAUCAAUUGCUCAGGAAAAAGACCUGAAACUCAUUCAAGGUUAUAGGGGACUCCUGGAUUAUUAUAAGUGGCUAAAAAAGAAGACAGACAUACUGGAGAUUGGUGAAGAUAGCUAUGCUGGGUCUUCUAUUCAACAGGAGAUGCACAGCUUGUAUCAGCAGGCUAAAGUCAGCCUCAAGGAGAUAAUUAAAAUGCCUGGCGUUUGGGAUCCUUUUGUGAUAUGUUACGUGGAUCUGCUAGAACACUAUGAGGAGUAUGAAGAAAUAAAAGAAGUGUUAAAUGAUUAUGCAUACGAUUCCAGAUUUCCUUCCAAUCCUAAUGCUCAUGUCUACUUGUAUCAGUUCUUAAAGAGAAGAGGUGAAUCAAGGAAAACACAGAUGUCUGCGCUGAAGGUUUUACAUGAGCUCGUCCCAUCUCAUGAGCUGAUGUUGGAAUUUUACAUCAUGCUUAAAAAGUCAAAAAAAAGUAAACACCACAAGCAACGUCUGGAAGUUAUUUUUGCUGCCUUAGACUAUGCUGGGUGGAAGGAAAACACAAGAGCUUGGAGCCAUUUGGCAAAACAGAUUGUAGAAAUCCUACAGAAUUCUGGCAAGCAGUUUAAAUGGCUCAAAAAGGAAUGGAGUGCCAGAAAAGAAUGGUGGCCAUCCUUCCAUUUUAGUCUUUAUUUGGCAAAGAAAAACUGGCAGGAAAAUGAAAGUCUUGCUUGUGAAAAGGCACUGGUGGCUGGAAUACUGCUGGGAAAAGAUUGCAAAUACUUUAAAUACAUUACACAGCAAGGACGUAAAGCCAAGAAGAAAAAAUUCAAAGCACUGAAGAACUUUGUGAAAGAACACAGCUGGGUCAGCUUGAGAUUGUCUGAUGUUUGAUUACAUCACAAGUCAAAUAUCUGUUUUUUUUUAAAAAAAGGAGAGUAUAUUAUUUUUCCUGACUGUAAGAAUUUCAUUUUCUAUACAGCUGCCCCCUAUAAAUAAUUACUUUUAGUGCAAAAGACUUGUAUAAGAAUUGCUACCAUUUUAAAACUUUCUUCCUGUUUUAUAAUA